AGCUCCACUGGGGGUAAAACAAUUUAUAAACCUCCGCAAACGGAUUUCUCAGGCCACAUGCCAUGCACUGACGUUUUGUAACGGAUUAAAUCGAUUAUCAUCUGCCAAACUGAAGUAGGACUAAAUGGUGAAUGAGGCAACAAUGGAUGCGACUCCACAGACAAAGACAGUUGGAAACAUCCAGUCUCCCUCAGCAAACCUUGCAACUCUACAGUCUUACCGACCCCUCGUGAAUGACUAUGGACCACCCUCCUUGGGGUUUUCACAGGGCUCAAGCGGAAGUCAAGUGCCUCAGAGUAAAUAUGCAGAGCUGUUGGCUAUCAUCGAGGAACUGGGGAAGGAGAUCAGACCGACAUACGCAGGGAGUAAGAGCGCCAUGGAGAGACUAAAACGAGGUAUUAUCCAUGCGAGGGGAUUGGUGCGUGAAUGCUUGGCAGAGACGGAGAGGAACGCUAGGUCCUAGUUAAGGCAGCGCGCCCCUCUCUGAAAGAAAGUGUCUCUAUCCUUAAAAAUAAGAAGAAAAAAAGGAACCUGUUGCAUGGUAUUUACAUGAAAUAUUUCCCCCUUUUGAGACACGAUACGAAUACGGGGUGGAUAAAGAAACACAGGAAAAACGCGGUUGUGAUGCUGAGAUGUGACUUGUAAAGAUGAGGAACGAAGCGUUCUAGAAUCUAAAGUAUUUGGAUUGUUUUUUUAAUUUUUAUUUUCUCCAACUGUCUCCCACUUCCGGGAUUGGUUUCUUCACUCCAUAUUUAAAACAUAGUCAGUUAUGCAUGUAAACAGGCCCACGCGGCCCGUGGUUUAUUGUAAACACUGCAUGGCUUGUACAGAGCUUGCCUAUAGGACGGAUACUCUUUUGAUAGACCAAAUUUGGCCUGAUUUUCAGAUCCUUAUAACACUGGUUGGUUGGGAAGUGAAUGACUAAAAUGUGCCAAAAUGCAUCGGUUUAGUCACGUUCAGAUUGUUUUUGGUAGUUAUAAUGAAAAUGCUGUUACUUGCAUCUUUGUAUGUAUUUAUUACUCAGUGUAAUAAAUUGUAUUUUCAA